UGAUACAUUUUUGCCACGCCUUUUAAAUAGUAGUAAAACCAACAAAUUUCUGAAGUAAAUAUACUUGAAGUAAAUAACACAAUCGAAGACUGUUGAAGAAUCAACGCGCAAAGUUUUAGUGUUGAACGUUUCCUGAUGCCUCUGAUUAAUGCUUGUUGCCAGCAUGCUUACUUUGAUGACACGAACAUGAUUGAUAUGGUAUAUAGAGGGGAAACGCAACAUGCGCUAUAUAGAUAAGGUGGUAGGAGUCAGCACUAACACCAUCUUCUCAUUUUCCAAGCCAUGUCCUCACAACUUUCAAUUUUUCUUCUGUGGUUGCUAUAUGCAACUAUGUUCCACAGAGCUGCCUCUGGAACCAGUUUUCAUCUUGUUUGCAACGAAAAGGAUCGAUCCGCAUUGCAGAUAUUCAAACUUGGUGUUGUGAAUCAUUCCAACAAGCUCCCUUCCUGGUCCUCUCAACAAGAUUGCUGCUCGUGGAAGGGAGUCCACUGUGACAACAACACAGGAAGAGUUACAAGGCUUGAUCUAAAGCAACAAUACUUGGAAGGUGAAAUCAACUUGUCUUUGUUUCAAAUUCAAUUUUUGAGCUACUUGGACUUGAGCUUGAAUGGCUUUACUAGUUUAAGUGCACCAUUUGAUGCUCAUGCUAGCUUCUCUGAUGUCCAGUUUCUCGACUUAUCCUUUAAUGAUGAUCUUCAUGUUGAUAAUCUCCUCUGGCUUAAUCAACUUUCUUCCUUGAAAUAUCUCAACCUUAGUGAAAUCAAUCUUCAAAAUGAGUCCAACUGGCUUCAGUCAAUGCAAUUGCAUCCAUCACUGUUAGAGCUAAGAUUGGCAAGUUGUCAUCUUACCAAUAUCAGUCCAUCCAUCAAGUUUGUCAAUUUUUCCUCACUCUUAUCUCUUGACCUCUCUGGGAAUCUUUUUGAUUCAGAAUUGCCCUACUGGCUUUUCAACCUCACCACCAUCUCCAAUAUCGACCUCAGCUUCAAUUUCCUAAAAGGUAGCCUACCAAAGAGCUUGUUGAGCCUUGGAAACCUUAAAUCUUUAAGGUUGCACGACAAUGAAAUUAAUGGAUCGAUCCCGGAGUGGCUAGGCCAACAUGAACAUUUGCAAUAUCUUGGUUUGUCUGAUAACAUGUUUGUUGGUUCAAUCCCUUCAUCAAUUGGAAAUCUCUCAUCCUUAGUUGACUUGAGCAUAAGCUCCAGGUCAUUGAAUGGUAAUCUUCCAACCAGCCUUGGACAGCUCUUUAAUUUGAAAAGCUUGUUCAUUGGUGGUGAAUCCUUGUCAGGUGUUCUUCAUGAAAACCAUUUUUCCAAUCUCUCUAAUUUAGAAGCACUGGUGUUGAAUGCUCCCUUUUCAUUCGACUUGGCUUCUGACUGGAUUCCUCCUUUCCAGUUGGAGGGCAUUAGUUUGAGCAAUGCAAAGUUAGGUCCUAAAUUUCCAGAAUGGCUUUACACACAACACUCACUAGUAUAUCUAGAGGUUCCUAAUUCAAGUAUCUCAUCCAUAAAUGGUGACCAGUUUUGGAGGUUUGUGGCUAAUAUUACACAACUCAACCUCUCCAAGAACAACAUCUCUGCAGACUUAACAAACAUCACACUCAACUCACAGCUCAUAUUUAUGGAUCAUAAUAAUUUCACUGGAGGCCUCCCACAUAUAUCAGCAAAUGUUAUCUAUUUGGACUUGUCCCGCAAUUCUUUCUACGGACCAAUUGCCCCUUUGUUCUGUCACAAGUUGGGCAGUCAAAACAAUUUGGACUAUUUGGACAUAUCAUUCAACCUUUUAACCGGAGGAGUUCCUGAUUGUUGGGAGUAUUGGAAAGGUUUGUCUUUCCUUUUCAUGGAGAGUAACAUGCUAACAGGUGAACUCCCUCCAUCAAUGGCUACAUUCAUUGAUCUCAUAGCACUGGAUUUGCACAACAACAGCUUGUCUGGCCAUUUUUCAUUGGACCUAUCGAACAUAACAAAUUUGGAAUUCAUCAAUAUCAAACAGAACAAUUUUUCUGGGACUGUACCAACAAAGAUGCCACGUGCUAUGGAAGUGAUGCUACUGGGAUCUAACCAAUUUGAAGGAAACAUUCCAACCCAGCUAUGCAAUCUCUCUUCACUGAUUCAGUUGGAUCUUUUCCACAACAAUCUCUCAGGACCUAUUCCUCCAUGCAUCAGUGACAUUCCUAGCAUGGGGGGAGCACAAAGAACAAGUCAUUACCCGUUUGAGUUCAAUUUGUACAACAAAGGCCAGGAGCUACAGUAUGAAGACUAUGGAUUACUCAGAACACUUGAUCUUUCAUCUAACAACUUGUCAGGAGAAAUCCCUUCACAAGUUUUCAGUCUUGUUCAGUUACAGUCCUUGAACUUGUCACGAAAUCAUUUCACAGGAAAGAUAUCAAGGGAGAUUGGAAGCAUGAAGAACUUGGAAUCUCUUGAUCUAUCUAGCAACGAACUUUAUGGAGAAAUUCCUGGUUCCAUUUCCUCUAUAUCUUUCUUGAGCUUCUUGAAUAUGUCAUACAAUGAUUUCACUGGACAAAUCCCAGUUGGGACUCAGCUUCAGAGCUUGAAUGCUUCUAGCUUUGCUGGGAACCCUAGGCUUUGUGGAGCUCCUCUACAAAUUAACUGCACACAAGGAAGUGGUAGCGUUGAAGUGUCAAUGCAAUAUGCAGGAAGCAAUGAUGAUGCCUUUGAAACCGAGUCACUCUACCUUGGGACAGGAGUUGGUUUUGCAGUGGGAUUUUGGGGGCUUUGGGGUUCUCUAUUCCUUAACAGGACAUGGAGGCGUGUGUAUAUUCGGUUCCUUAAUUAUGGUGCACACAAACUUCAUGUCUUUGUGGCUGUCAAGUUAAAAGCUUUAGUGGCACAUCACUAAGUUCCAUGUGGUAAAUGAAAGUUGAUCACUCU